CCUUGCAUCACCUCCACUGAGGCAGACAAAUCUAUCAGCACAACGAGGAGCGACUUCGUCUUCUUUCACCGAAAAUGGACUGCAUCACCCACUAUAACAUUCCUAUCGCUUACUGUCAAGUUUUAAAGGCAUUGAAUCUGUCAAGGAACUCGACGGCGCAUAUCAAGGACCUCUUCAAGACACUCGAAGACGAAAGAAACGAAGAACCCGACCAAAUUCGAAACUAUGUGACCACAAUCGGGGGCCCCGUGGUCUAUUGCGUCGGGGUGAUCGGUAACCUUUUGGCCUUGACUGUGCUGCCUCAUUUCGCUAGGCGCAUUUCAACGUACAUGUAUCUUCUGGCGAUGUGUAUCCUCGACCUCUGUGUCCUUCAUCUCGGACUUUUGAUCAGCUGGCUCCAAGAGAUUCUGGGCAUCAACAUUCAUUCUCUGUCCCAGUACUCCUGUAAGAUUGUUACGUUCCUUGGUUACGUCUGCAGUGACGCGUCCGUCUGGCUGGUCGUUGCCGUUACUUUCGAGCGGUUCAUGUCUAUGUGCCAUCCCUUCAAAGCCACGUCUCUGUGUCGAGUCCGCAAGGCCCUGCUCGUAAUAUUUCUCGUCCUAGUUUUCUCAAUUCUCGUAAAUCUCCAUAUCUUUUGGACAAUAGGUCUGAUACCGGACCUGAACAACGCGACAGUGUGCGGACCACACGAGUCCAUCACCUUAAUCUGGCCUUGCAUUGAUUUGGCUGUAUAUUUCGUCCUGCCUUUCCUGAGUACUGGCAUUUUCAAUGUUAAGAUCAUUGGGAAAAUUCGCAAAAUGAAGCGAAAUUCAAUGCAUCGGCGGGCAUCUUUGACGACCAUGAACACCUGUGUUCCCCCAGAUACUAAUAUCAAGAAGAAACUGACAUGGAUGAUGGUGGUAGUGUCGCUAACAUUCGUCGUGACGACAUUCCCUAUGGCCGCCAUGCUUUGUGUGACGGCCGUCUUCAACUCGUUGAAGAAUGUCCCCAAAAUCAACCGUCAGCUUUUCACGAAAGUGCUUUCCUUUGCGGAACUUCUCAUGUUUACAAAUCAUGCAAUCAAUUUUUAUUUAUAUGUUGCCAGCUCCAAGAAAUUUCGUAAAGCUUUGAGACAGGUCUUGUGCGAAUGCAACACCUCAGAUGUGACUGUUUUUCAACAUUCAGAAAACAGGCACCGAAAGACGACACUUGAUACGUUGUACUCAUGACGAGGCUGUUAUUCUUGGUGUGAAAAAUCAUUGAUCAACUUUGAAAUUGUUGUGAACAAGUUCAUUCAAAUAUCUAUUAAAAUGAUUAAU